AUGGAGGCGUCUCCCCUGACCCAACAGGCGCGCCCUGAGGUCUUCCAGCAGAAGAUUGUUCAGCUGUACGAAGCACUAUUCAAGGACGAAGUCGACCCCGACAACGAUAUUGAAAAGCCCGAGGGCUUCUGGCGCGAGUUCUUCCUUCUAAGACCAGACCGAUUGGCUCUUCAACGAGUAUUAGGGGACUUGAGCCCAGAUGACCUACUCGCCUUACAUCCGCAGACCAGGCAACUAUUCGCAAGAGCGGUCGCGUGCCUCAAGAAGGGAGCAGGGCCUGCAAGCCUGCAUGCAUUAGAUACUUUGACGACAUUCUUUUCUGCCGUGUUGCCUAAGAAAUACACAAACCCGAGCUCAGAUAUCAUUGCUGUGCUCGCCGGACUCGAUCAUGUCGACCAGAUAUUCACCGACUUUGUAGCCGCUCUAGACGCCAUCAUACGCAAUGCCGACACGUUGGACUUGCGCCAGAAGGCCGUUGAAGUGGUUCUAGCCAUCACCUCAGGGGCUUACCAGACAAGCCUUCUAACAUACUUCAUCCAUCGGGACCUGUUCCCUGCCAUUAUGAAGUUUAUUCAAGACUCUGACACACCAGCACGGGUCCUGGAGCCAUUCACUCUGCUUGGCUUGUUGGCCAAUUACAACAAGUUUGAAUUCCAGAACCCUUACCAGUUGCGUCUGAACGACUUUGUCAACGAGGCGGCAAUUCAGAAAAUUAUUCACUGUGUUGGUCAAACGUGCCGGAAUCUGCGUAAUCGAUAUGUAGACAUUCAGGAAGAUCUUCCCGAAGGCUGGUCCCUGGCCUCUACACUUAGCAUGUUGAAGCUCGGCUCCAUCACCCCUGGUGCCAGAGCUGCGCCAAAGAAACCCGUCUAUGACCCAGAAGUAGCCAAACAAAUGUUCUCUGAGCUUCCUGGUGAAGAUGCGGCUGUUCUCCUGGGCACCUACGACUUUGCGCACGCCAACAAGCUUUUUUGCUUCAACUUGGUUUCACUGCCCGCCGAGAAGGGUGAAGAGCAGCCUAUAGCAUGCCUGGUUUCUUUGACAUCAUAUAUGCUACAGCAUGCCUUUUUAUCAAAUCGAGCCACUAAUUAUGCUCACCUGAGCUUAAUGGUGUUUAGACUUGUCAUUGAGGAUCAGCUCUUGUGCAAAAGGAUUUGCGGCGAGGAAAGCAAGAUUGCUGUCCGCCUGUGCCGACAACGCUCGCCCUAUUUGCCUGUUGUGCGUGGUGAGCGCAUCUUGGCCACGUGCGUCCUCGACACCAUGGUUGACGGUAUCAACCACAAUCUCCGCAGGCGACUCGACGUCAGUCUGUACAAUCUAUGCACGGGUAUCAUGCUGCGCAUCAUAUCAUAUCUAUCGCGUUCUCGAACACGGCUCCAGUACCACUGGUCGGAACUUUUCCGGUCAUUGCUUUCCCUGAUUCGUUUCUUGACCUCGUAUGCAUCUGAUCUGAAGGAUCUUUCUCAGAUCGAAACACUCCUAGACCUGGUGGUCAACCUAUUGGCCCUGUCACUGUCGUCUGGCGAGGCGUUUCUACCUACGCCCGCCGCAUAUGACGACCUCUUCUACAAGAUUGUCGAAAGUGGCGAUGUCCUCACCAAGUUCCGCGAUACGUACAGUCUUUCAAACCGGCCAUCAAACUCCAUUGAUACCCUGAUAAACGUGAGCACACACUACAAAUCCAUGCUAGAUGCCGGUGGAUCCAAGAAGAACCUCCUCACCAGCUCCGAGGUUACGGAUCUAAUCAAGCAGGGCUACGAAACUCUGAGCAUCCAGGCCAAGGAAGGCCUCGACGGCUGGGAGAGAUAUCGAGAAGCGGACGAGAGAAGUCUGCUGAAGAAAAUGGCGCGCGCCACUGUUGGCGAUGUCAAGACUAUGGUGGAGGCUUAA